AGUAGUAGUAGUAGUAGUAGUAGUAAAAGUACGAGUACGAGUAGUAGUAGUAGUACAGUAAGAGGUAGUAGUAGUAGUAGUAGUAGUAGUAGUAGUAGUAGUAGUAGUAGUAGUAGUAGUAGUAGUGCUAGUAGGAAUAGCAGUAGCAGUAGCAUCAAUACUAUCAGUUGUAUUAGAAGUAGCAGAGUUAACAGCAAUAGUAGUAGCAGUAGCAUCAAUAGUAUCUGUAGUAGUAGUAGUAGCAGCAGCAGGAGCAGCAGGAGUACUAGUAGUAGUACUAUUAGUAGUAGUAGGAGUAGGAGUCGUAGUAGUAGUAGUAGUAGUAGCAGCAGUAGAAGUAGAAGUACAAGCAGUAGUAAUACAAUGAGUAAUAGUACUGGUAGCGUUAGCAAUAGUAGUAGUAGCAGUAGUAGUAGUAGUAGCAGUAGUAGUAGUAGUAGCAGUAGUAACAGUAGUAGUAGUAAUAGUAGUAGUAAUAAUAGUAGCAGCAGUAGCAGCAGCAGUAGUAGUAGCAGUAGUAACAGUAGUAGUAGUAGCAGUAGUAGUAGUAGUAGUAGUAGUAGUAGGAGUAGUAGUAGUAGAAGUAGUAGUAGUAACAGUAGUAGCAGCAGUAGUAGUAGUAACACUAGUAGUAGCAGUAGCAGUAGCAGUAGUAGUAGUAACACUAGUAGUAGCAGUAGUAGUAGCAGUAGUAGUAGUAACAGUAGUAGUAGCAGCAGUAGUAGUAGCAGAAACAGUAGUAGUAGCAGUAGUAGUAGUAACAGUAGUAGUAGCAGUAGCAGUAACAGUAGUAACAGUAGUAGUAGUAGCAGUAGUAGUAGUAGUAACAGUAGUUGUGGCAGUAGUAGUAGUAGUAGUAAUAGUGGUAGUAGCAGUAGUAGCAGUACAAGCAGUAGCAACAGUAGUAGUAGUAAUAGUAGUAGUAAUAAUAGUAGCAGUAGUAGCAGCAGCAGCAGCAGUAGCAGCAGCAGUAGUAGUAGUAGUAGUAGUAGUAGUAGUUUCUAA